CUGGCGCAGCCCUUCGCUCGGCCGGCCUCCCCCUCCUUGGUUCCGCGCUCUGGUUCCGCCAUGGAAUCCAACAAGGAUGAAGCCGAGCGCUGUAUCAGCAUCGCCCUCAAGGCCAUCCAGAGCAACCAGCCCGACCGGGCGCUCCGCUUCCUGGAGAAGGCACAGCGGCUGUACCCGACGCCGCGGGUUCGCGGACUGAUCGAGUCCCUCAACCAGAAAACCCAGGCUGCUGGUGACCAGUCCCAUCCCACAGAGGAGACCCAUGCCACCCAUAGGAAAACAGGGGGCGCUGAUGCCCCCUCGGCCAACGGUGAAGCUGGAGGAGGAGAGAACACCAAGAGCUACACUGCGGAACAAGUAGAGGCCGUGAAAAGGGUGAAGCAGUGUAAAGAUUACUACGAGAUCCUGGGGGUGAGCAGAACAGCCUCAGACGAGGACCUGAAGAAGGCCUACCGCAAACUAGCCCUCAAAUUCCACCCAGACAAGAACCGCGCCCCGGGAGCCACUGAGGCCUUCAAAGCCAUCGGCACAGCGUACGCCGUACUUAGCAACCCGGAGAAGAGGAAGCAGUACGACCAGUUCGGUGACGACAAGAGCCAGGCUGCCCGGCACAGCCACGGGCACGGAGACUUCCACCGGGGCUUUGAGGCUGACAUCUCCCCCGAAGACCUCUUCAACAUGUUCUUUGGUGGUGGCUUCCCGUCAAGUAACGUCCAUGUCUACAGCAACGGACGCAUGCGCUACACUUACCAGCAAAGACAGGACCGCAGGGAGAACCAAGGCGAUGGAGGGCUGGGUGUAUUUGUCCAGCUGAUGCCCAUCCUCAUCCUGAUCCUCGUGUCAGCUCUCAGUCAGCUCAUGGUCUCCAGUCCACCCUACAGCCUGAGCCCCAGACCGUCGGUGGGCCAUGUCCACAAGCGAAUCACGGACCACCUGGCCGUCAUCUAUUAUGUGGCAGACACCUUCUCUAGUGAGUACACGGGCUCCAGCCUCAAAACAGUGGAACGAAACGUGGAAGACGAUUAUAUCGCCAACCUCCGGAACAACUGUUGGAAGGAGAAGCAGCAGAAGGAAGGCUUGCUGUACCGGGCCCGAUACUUCGGCAACACAGACAUGUACCACAAAGCACAGAAGAUGGGCACGCCCAGCUGUAACCGACUGUCCGAGGUGCAAGCCUCCCUGCAUGGAUAGUCCUGGGCCGGCCGCGCACCCAGGUCCAAACUAUGAAAUCCCUGGAGAAUUUUUGGUGACAUGCACUGAGCCAAGGUGACGGACUGUGUAUUUAAGGAAAGACUUAAAAAGAAAACAAAUUAAAAGCAUCGGAGGCCGCUCGCGCCCAGCUUCCCUCUCUCUCACCCAGUACACGCGCAGAAAACGCUCUUAGGAUGACAGGAAAACCUGCCGGGGGGGCUGCUUCCCUUCCUCAAGAGCUGGCCUGCCCAGCUCCUAGGAUACAGAAACCAUGGCAACGAAAGUAGAAUCUGAAACUUGCAGGACGGCUGUGGCAGGGGGAGGGGCACCCAACUGCCUUCUGCCCCUCCUAAGAGCCACCUUGUCCUGUGUCCUCGGGGGGAGGGGGCGGGGGGCUGCGCCAGGCCACAGGAAAGGGGAUGCCCCCUAGAAUGUAACACGACCGUGUGUGUGUUUGUCUAUAUAUCUAUUUAUAUGUACAUAGCAUAUAUAAAGAUAUAUAUAGAGAUAUAGUCUACCUUGGAAGCUAUGCAGGGAUUUGGUUAAGUCCUUUAGCCGAUUCCCUCCAUGUUCUAGAAAAGCCUGUGGCAGGGAGAAGAGCUGAUCUUCCGGUCUGGACAUUCACUGUAGUUUCCACAUCGGGAAAGUGGGGUCCUCCUAUGCUUUCACCCCCUCCCUGGCCUGGCUUGGAGGGCAGCGGAAUCAUGAUAGUGUAAAUCUGGAGAAAACUUUCGGGGGCUGCCAGUAUCUGGCUCAGCUGUUGGUGAGGCAGAUGGGUGCGGGUGCAGGGGACCCCUGGGGGCUGGCACCAGGUGUCCACUCAGUCAUGGACGGCGCCUGCAUGGUGCGACCUCUCCUCAGGCUUCGGCCAGGCAGAAGGGCUCUGUGCCGCACCCAGGGGUCCUCCGCUCCUGCUCCCCCGAACAGCAACAUUAGAGGGGCCAGGUGCUGCCUCCCCAUAAUCCAGCCUGGGUUCUGCCUUAGAGGGGCCACGGGGUACAGUUCCGUGUUGCGUUGCUUUGUCCUAAGUCAGGCAUGCAAGACCCCAGAAGGCUCUUCCUGCAAAUCAGCCAGACGGUGCCCACGGACCAGCUGUGAAGGAAGCUCACCCUGGGGGCCCCGCCCCGCCUCCUGCACUGUGGACAGAUGCGCUGGACCGGGAGGGUUCCUGGCCUCGCCUUCAAAUGAGGCUUUGUCCUGAAACAACCGUCGCUGCCAGGGAUGGGAGGGAGGUUUUAUUUAUUGCCCCGGUGGAUGCUGGGCCUUCGGGCAUUGCUGUUUUCCUCUGCACUGGGUGACAUUGAGCCUGCCACCUUCCAAAGCCUUACUUCCCUGAGCUGCCAGCCAGGAGCGGGCAGCCUCCUGCCACUGUUUCUCUUGGCUCUUUUUUUUAAAAAGUCCCCACCAAAUAGGGUUCUUGCUGGGAAGCAAGCUUGGUGAAAGAAACGUCGAGUCUGGUUUGGUCACAAGGUCCUGCCCUGGGAUGAAGCGGCCUCCAGCCCAGAGAGAGGCUGAGAACUGGACAGAGCGUCCAGCGGAGGGGCCCUGAGGCCCUGCCCACCGCCCCAGCCGUCUGGCCCUGGUAGAUGUCCCUGGACAGGCUGAGCCAUGUGCAAUAAGAACACAGAUCCUGAAGGAUCCCCUGAGAAGCUGUAUUUCUUGAAUUAGAAUUCUGAAAUUGUACAUCUAUAAAUAUAUGUUUAUUAUGUGA